CAUUUUAAUUGUUUAAUUCGAAAUUUUCUCACUCUAUUUUAUUCAAUUUAAUUUGCCUAAUGUGAAAAAUGCGUAUUGUGGUGAGCAUUCCCAACCGCGGAUCUGCAAUUGCAGUGAAAGAAGCAGCUUGGGGUUUACCUUGCUAUGCUGCAAUUUCUCAGACUUUUGAAGUGGCUCAAAAGGUUUGGUCUGAGGUGUUUUUCUACCUUGCGGAGAACAAUGUCUUUUUUAAAGGUAUCGUCCUCAAGCCAAGCAUGGUCACUCCUGGUGCACAGAGCAAGGACAGGACCACUCCCCAACAAGUCACUGACUAGUUACACUCUCAUGCUUCUCCGCUAAAGAAUUCCCCAGCUGAUCCCGAAAUCAUGUCAAGUGUAUUAUAAUUUAGUCAAUGAAAAGAAAAUAAUCAAACAACAAGAAGAAGCAAAAAGUUUUAUGUGGUUCAA